UGCGCAGUAGCCUACUAGCUUAAGUACUCGCAGCCUAGUUGUAGCCUAGUUGUAGCCUCGUAGUAGGUAGCUGGUCCAGUGGUCGCCGUUUGCUCUCCAAAACAGAUUCACACCCCGACUACGACUCGCUACCAGUACUCAGCUACCAGUACUUAGUACUUAGCUACCAGCAGAAUACAGCAAAGAUGGCAGCAGACGGCAAGGGCGACUACAAGCUCGCAAUGCCCCAAGAAGACAGCGACGACUACAAACCCCCAGUCCGACCGCAGCAGAAACAAUCCAGCACUUCGGGCAUCGAUGCAGCCCUCACACAAUCAGCCCUCUGGCCCGUCCUCGCCUACUGCAGCGCCAGUAUCCUCAUGACAGCCAGCAACAAGUAUGUCCUCUCGGGCUACCACUUCAACCUCAAUUUCUUCCUCUUGAUGGUACAGAGUGUCGUGUGUAUCAGUGCCAUUGCCCUCUGCAAGCAAUUCAAAGUCAUCACCUACCGUGACUUCAAUGCAGACGAGGCAAAGAAGUGGUUCCCCGUUUCUUGCUUGCUCGUGCUCAUGAUUUACACGGGCAGCAAGGCAUUGCAGUUUCUAUCCAUUCCAGUGUAUACCAUCUUCAAGAACCUCACCAUCAUUGUUAUUGCGUAUGGUGAGGUAAUUUGGUUCGGUGGGUCGGUGACACCCUUGACCCUCGCUUCCUUUGGCCUCAUGGUCAUUUCUUCCAUUGUCGCUGCAUGGAGUGACAUCUCCGCUGCCGUUUAUGGCUAUGGUGCUGCAUCUUCCUCAACAACCUUAUCCACCCUCAACGCAGGCUACCUCUGGAUGGCUGUCAACUGUUUCGCAACAGCAGCCUACGUCCUUGGUAUGCGUAAACGCAUCAAACUCACCAACUUCAAGGAUUUCGAUACCAUGUUCUACAACAACCUCCUCUCCAUUCCCGUCUUGUUCAUUUGUUCGCUCGUCCUGGAAGAUUGGUCGGCCGCUAAUGUCAACCUCAAUUUCCCGCUUGAAUCAAGAAACUCCCUCAUUGCAGCCAUCAUCUUUUCAGGCCUCAAUACCGUUGGUAUUUCUUAUACAAGCGCCUGGUGUGUAAGAACGACUUCCUCGACAACCUACUCGAUGGUCGGUGCACUCAACAAAUUACCCAUUGCACUCAGUGGUCUCGUCUUUUUCGGUGAUCCAGUCACCUUCUUCUCAGUCACAGCAAUCAUGCUUGGUUUCGUUGCUGGUAUCGUCUAUGCCGUUGCUAAAAUGCAGCAGAGUAAGAAUAAGAGUAGUGGACUUCCCAUGACGGCCAUUCCAAUGAGUUCAUCGAGUUCGAGUGCGAGUGCAGCGAUGAAGAAUUGAAACAGGGAUUUGACAUGUAGGAGUGUGCACAUAGACUUUUUCAAGAUCUCUUUUCUUUUCGUGACUCCUC